AUGCGCCUCUCGCUCGCCCUCGUCGCCCUCCUCUCGCUCUCCUCGUCCGCCCUCGCCGAGACCGCGUCCUCCCUCCUCGCCAACGACGACGCGCUCGCGCUCGACAAGCGCACGUUCGGCCUCCUCGGAACCGGCCUCGGCGGCGGGUCCGGCCUCGGUGCGGGCGCAGGUGUCGGCGCGUCGACUGGCGGCACUGGGUGCGCCUGCGAGGACUCGUCCGCGGGCUCGUCGGGCUCGUCGUCGGGCACGGGCGCAGUCUCGUCGUCGUCGGGCUCGAAGGACGGGCACGGCUCGUCGGCGGCUGAGCACCACAAGGCGUCGAGCUCGUCGGGCGGUACUUCGUCCGGCAAGGGCGUCGACUCGGCGCACAAGGCGCACUCGUCGUCGUCGGUCCACAAGUCAUCCAGCUCGGCCAAACACGCGUCGACUGCUGCGUCCAAGCCCCACAAGUCCGGCACAAGCGGUUCGGGCGCCCACGGCUCGAGCAAGGGCGGCACGGCCGGCGCGACGGCGUCGGCGACGCACAAGGGCUCGUCCGGCGCGCACAAGUCGGCUUCGUCUUCCUCGACGACCAAGGCGACCCCGCACAAGUCGGGCGCAGCCGCUGCGAGCCACUCGGCCGUCAGCUCGUCGUCCUCGUCGUCGCACUCGUCGGGCGGCAAGGGCUCGGUCUCGACGUCCGGCUCCCUCAAGGGUCAGGCCGGCAUCGAGGCGUCGCUCAAGGCGUGCACGUCGACAGUUCGCUCGCUUGGCGCCGAGAUCGAGACGGCGCUCGCGUCGUGCGACACGAGGCGUGCGUCGGCGGUCGUCGCUGCCUGCGCCGACAUCUUUUUCGAGAUGCACGUCGCGAUCAAGGUCGCUGCUCAUGCCUGCGUGUCGAUCGCUGGGCAAGGCGGUCCUUCCCUCGAGGUCGGCGUCGUCGCCAAGCUCCUCGCCGGCCUGCUCAACGCCUUCUUCGCCGCCCUUGUCCCGCUUUACGCUCUCGUCGCGCACGCACCCGGUCUCGUCGUCCUCCUUGCGGUGCACCUCCUCCCGAUCAUCUUCACCCUCGCCUCGCUCUGCCACGUCCUCUUUGCGGUCUCGGGCGGCCUUCUCGCCGCCGUCGUGGCCCUCCUCGACGCCAAGUUCGUCGUCAUCCUCAAGACGAUGGGCUGCGGGUCACUCCUGAGCGUGCUCGGCCUGCUCUGAUGAGCGCCGGGGUAUCGAGCGGGCGCUGCCCGAGUUGGCGGCACCUGCGUCUUCUCCUCCUUUUCCCACCCUCUCAUUCCCCUCUUUGUCAGUGCAACACGGCGAUAGACUCUUUCUCAUGUGCAACGCAGCCCCGAUGCUCCCUC